UUCGAGUCAGUGGCGAAAAAGUGAGUGAUUAUAAAAUUAAAAUGGUUACGAUGAACUCUUCAGAGAAGGCACAGAAGGCCUGUCAGCAGGGCCCGUCUAGAGACAACUCAAAAUGCGUGAAAGAAGACAAGGAGAAGGAUAAAGAUAAAAAAGACAUCGUGCCAAAGAUGCCUCCGAGUGUGCAAGCACUCAUGUCCACCAUCCCGUCUCCGGAGGAGUCUCCAAACUAUCUCAUCUACAAGAAGAUGGAGGCCAUAAUUGAAAAAAUGCAAGAUGAGAAUACAGGAGUCCCUGUGCGAACUGUCAAGACCUUCAUGACGAAGAUACCUUCUGUGUUCACCGGCACGGAUUUAGUCAACUGGCUGAUGCGUCAUCUUACUCUGGAAGAGAGGGACGCCCUACACCUCGCUCACUUGCUCGCGGCGCACGGGUACCUGUUCCCUAUAGACGACCACAACCUUACUGUGCGGAACGACAAUACUUACUACAGAUUCCAAACACCAUAUUUCUGGCCAUCUAACCAAUGGGAACCGGAAAACACUGAUUACGCGGUGUAUCUGUGCAAGCGGACAAUGCAGAAUAAAGCUCGUCUCGAGCUAGCAGACUAUGAAGCUGAAUCUCUUGCCAGACUCCAGAAGAUGUUCAGUCGAAAAUGGGAAUUUAUCUUCAUGCAAGCUGAGGCUCAGAGCAAGGUGGACAAGAAACGUGACAAGCUCGAGAGGAAAGUCUUGGAUAGCCAGGAGAGAGCCUUCUGGGACGUUCAUCGUCCGAUGCCCGGUUGCGUGAAUACAACGGAGCUGGAUCCCAAAAAGCUGUCCCGCAUCAACGCACUCAAGGCCAAACGGAUGCGGCAGUGUCAGGAGCUCAUCCAGCAACAUAACCUCAAGAACAACCCAAUAGUGACCAUCACCAAUCCAGAGGAGAGCGAAGAAGAGAUACAGAAGAAAGCUGAAAACACUGUCAAAGAAAAUGGUGAAUCAUCUGAACCUGAGAUAACUGUGUGCAUUCCCGAGGCUAACAAGAUUUCUACGCCAAGUAUAGAGCGGCAGGUGGAGGCCGCCCGACGGAAUCUGGCGAUGUUGCGAGCUCGCAUGGAGCGGCGCAACGUUCGCGUCAGCAAGGUAGCUGAAAUCUUCAUAGCGUACUGCGAGCAAUACGCCGAGUACGACAUGUUCCUGACGCCACCAGAAUACCCGAACCCGUGGAUCCAUGACACUACCGAGCUCUGGGAACAAGAAAAACAAUGCAAGGACCCGCUGCCGCUGCGGCGCGUGCGGCGCUGGGCCUUCGGGCUCCGGGAGCUGCUCAACGACCCCGCCGGCCAGGACCACUUCGCCCGCUUCCUGUCCAAGGAGUUCAGCGGCGAGAACCUCAAGUUCUGGCUAGCUGUGCAAGAUCUUAAAGCUCAACCGAUCCGGCGCGUAGCUUCAAGGGCCAAAGAAAUCUGGAAGGAGUUCCUGGCUGCUGACGCUCCUUCGCCCGUCAACAUUGACGCCGCUAGCAGGGAACUGACCCGAGUAAAGGUGGAAUCUGGGACCGCCGAUAGAUACUGUUUCGACCAGGCGCAGGCUCACGUAUAUCACCUGAUGAAGUCUGAUAGCUACUCACGGUACCUCCGCUCAGAGAUGUACAAGGAUUAUCUCAACGGAUCUAAGAAAAAGACAUCAGUGAAAGGGAUCCGCUCCAUUGUAUCGUUCACCGCUCGCAAGGAAACUACAAACUAACGAACACACGCAGAAGAAAGUGUUUGAAGCACCCUGUGAAGCAGUUUCGAAGAGUUACGUAACCUUGGUAACAGCAGGUACGAGUUUCGUAACUGGCAUGAACUGGUACAAGUUUCGAAACUUUGGUAACAAAGAGUUUCGAAACUUUGGUAACAAAGAGUUUCGAAACGUUGGGAACGGAUGAGUUUCCAAAUUAUGGAAGUAACGGGAACGAGUUUCGAAACGUUGGUAAGAACGUGAAAGUUUUAUUUACUUCGGGUAAUAACUGGUAACAGUUUCGUAACUUUUGAAUUAUCGAUUGGGGUGAGAGUUUAAAGCAAGCUAAGUUGGCUUAAAAACAAAUAUUAUUUUCUAAUAGUUAUUUAAAAGCGUAUUAUACGCAAAAAACGUACUUUGUGACAUUAUCGUACAAUUUUUAAAAAUGUUGGCAUUUAUUAGUUAUUAAAAUAAAAAGAGUUUUGUCUAUUGCUCUAUGAAUAAGAUAUUUUUUGCAUUUAUUGACACGAAAAUGAAAAUGUUCUUAAAAGCUUUGACUGGGAUGGACAGUUAUUUUGACAUAAAAAGAAACAGUACAGUUAUUUUUAACUUUGAAAAUCUCGAUAAAGAAUCUAUCACCGAGGAUAAUCCAAAUAAAAAAGAUCUGAAAGCAUUAAGCUAUUUUACUUCAUAGUUAUGAGACGUUAUUAUAUUAAAAUUAUAUCUAAAAUAAUAAUCAUUAAGAUUAAAAACGUAUUGUAAGGAAAUAGUUAAAAUAUUUCCCCGACUUUUAUCAUGUGUUUUAAAUGUAACUAGCAAAUAUGUGAUCAACUAGAUAAUAUAGUCAAACUGUUUAUAGUCUGGCAAAAAGAGUAAAAAUUAA